UCCUUUCAACUACUAAAAUCAUCAUCACAACCUCAGAGAAGAUAUAUAUAUUUUUUAGAAGAGAGAAAAAUCAUGAGCGUUGAAGUGUUAGACGGCUCCACAGUCAUGAGUUUUCUGGAGGAUGAAGAAGCGUUCGACAGCUGUGUCUGCAAGCGAUUCGCUUGGCUUGAUGCGAAUCAUGAUGGGCUUCUCUCCUACGAGGAGAUGCUGAGGGAGUUGCAGAGCUUGAGGUUGGUGGAAACCCAUUUCGGAGUCGAUAUAAAGACGGAUCCCGAGGAGCUGGCUUGCAUCUACGACUCUCUGUUCCUGCAGUUUGAUCGCGACUCCAGCGGAACUGUAGACCUGCAGGAAUUCAAGGCUGAGACCAAGAGGAUGCUGCUCGCCAUGGCCAAUGGACUGGGAUUCUUGCCCGUUCAAAUGCUUCUUGAAGAGGACAGCUUCCUGAAGAAAGCAGUCGAGUUCGAGUCCACUAAAGUGGCAGAUGCUUGAGUUUAUUUUUGCUAAUGCCGUCUCUCAUGUGCUUCGUCUGUUCUGUUCAAACGAUGAUUUGUGUUUUUUUUUUUGGGGGGGGGGGGUUCGAAGGCAGUUAGUACAUCUAAGGUCAAGGCGGUCAACACCAUAUCCUGUUGAUAAAAAUAGAAGAUAUUCUAUUUAGGUCAUUUUAAGAUUCCCUUAGAUUUUUCUUAUAAAAAUAAACAUUCAGGUGAAGCUUAUUAUCCUACUCACA